AGCCCCCGCGGAGCACGGCGCGGCGAGCGCGGCCAUGGAGCACGGGCGGCAGGACUCUGGAGACAGUAUUUCUGAACUACAGGAAUGGAGACCAGUCAGCUACAGAAAGUGCACAGACACUCUCUGGCUGCUCCUCUUCUGCCUUUUCUGGGCUGGUUUGAUGUUUAUAAGUGGCUAUGCUGUGGUGGCUGGUGCUGCAGAAAGGCUCGUGCUUGGAUAUGACAGCUUUGGGAACAUAUGUGGUCGGAAGAACACUCCUGUAGAAGGGGCAAAUCUUUCUGGAUUAGAUAUGACUAAUAAAAAGUAUGUAUUCUUUCUGAAUUCAUGCAGCCUGGAAAUACAAAGACACAAAAUCAGUUCACUUUCCUUGUGCGUGUCAAGUUGUCCACAACAGCAACUCAACUCUUUGGAAGAUCUCCAGAGUUUUGCAAGGAAUAAUGAUUCUUUUCUUUGCGUUUACAACCUGAAUGUUUCCAGUUACACCCUAAAUCCAAAGGUAGCUCAGCUGUGUCCUACACUGCCAGUUCCACCAAGUAUGUCCUUUCCAUUAUUUAAUCGAUGUGUUCCACAAAAUCCUGAAUGCUAUUCCAAAUAUGCAUCUGUCCUAAUACAUAUGGUUAAUGAAAUGGAUGUUUUUCACCGAAUUCUGAGUGGAAUAUUGGCAGGAAGAGAUACUGUGAUAGGACUGAGUGUCCUUGCACUAGCCUUCUCUUUGAUACUGGUUUUAGCCUUCAGAUUCAUUCAGACCCUCCUCAUCCAUACUCUGAUUGCGCUGGUUGUAUUUGGGUUGCUGUUUGUCUCAGGUGUUCUCUGGUGGCUCCAUUAUGACUACAGGAGUGACCCCAGCACUGAACUGGAAACAGAAAAGGAAAACGCAAAGUUUCUACUUGGAUAUGCCAUCUUCUCAACAAUAGUUACUAUUGUUCUGCUCUCCCUUAUACUUGUACUAAGAAAGAGGCUUCAGCUUGGUGUACAGCUCUUUCGAAUUGUUGGUAAAAUCAUUGGCAGAAUUCCUUUCCUCCUCUUCCAACCAUUCUGGACCUUUCUGAUUCUCGUUGUGUUUUGGGUAUUUUGGGUUGCUGUACUACUUAGCUUAGGAACUGCAGGUUCUGCACAGUCCACUUCAGGAGGACAAGUAGAAUACAGAGCUCUGUCUGGAAUUUGCUACAUGGCAUGGUAUCAUUUUAUUGGCCUUAUCUGGACUAGUGAAUUCAUUCUUGCCUGUCAGCAAAUGGUGAUUGCUGGGGCAGUGGUUACUUGUUAUUUCAACAGAAAUAAAAAUAGCCCACCACCUCAUCCAGUGCUGUCUUCCAUAUCAGUUCUUUUCUGCUACCAUCUAGGAACUGCUGUAAAAGGCUCAUUUCUAAUCACAAUACUGAGAAUACCAAGGAUUGUUCUCUUGUACCUUUACAGUAUCCUAAACCAAAAGAAGAAUGCAAAAUGCCUGUUCAACUGCUGUUUCUGCUGGGUUUGCUUCCAGGAAAGUUGCUUAAGAUACUUUAACCAGCAUGCAUACACAACUACAGCAAUAAAUGGGACAAAUUUUUGUACAUCAGCAAAGGAUGCUGUUUGUAUUUUGGCAAGGAAUUCUGCUAAACUUACAUCCAUUAGCUGUUUUGGAGAUUUUCUCCUAUUUUUAGGAAAGGUGUUUGUUGUAUGCUUUACUGUUUUUGGAGGAUUGAUGGCAUUUAACUACCACCGGCAGUUGCAAGCUUGGGUAGUUCCUCUGCUGCUGGUUGGAUUUUUUGCCUACCUGAUGUCCCACAGCUUUCUGUCUGUGUUUGAAGUGACAGCAGAUGCCAUGUUCCUUUGCUUUGCUAUUGAUAUGGAAACAAAUGAUGGAACUGCAGAGAAGCCAUACUUUGUGGAUCAGGAGUUGCUGACCUUUGUGAGUCAGAGUAACAAGUUAACAGAAGGGCGAGAACACAGAAACACAAGACCAUUCCAGGAUAAUGAAGAUGGGACAGAGCUCCAGCCUAUGACAUGAAUGUGAAGAACACCAGGAAGUGUGGAAGCAGAGCAGCAAUAGCAAAAAUGGUUGUAUCAAUAAAGAUUACCAAUACCCCAGGACAAAGUAUUGGUUCUCUAAAUCUGUUGUAUCUUCUGCACUGGUAAAAUAACACACAGUCUGUUUGUAUGAAUAAAAUAUUUUGUGUGUCAUCACAUCUGAUUUCUAUUCCUACACUUGUUAUGAUGGUCAGAAAGUUGAUAAUAAACUCACUCUUUGUAAAUUUC